AUGGUCAACCUGCAGCCCACUAUAUUCAGUAUUCAUUCUGAUAGACGAAUUAUUAUUACUAUCGUAUUACAGUCAUUAGUCCUCGAUAUUUUGUCCAAAUGUCUCCCAUGUCAUAUACACCAAACAUUUAGUCUUCUUCAUGAAAUUGUCCAUUUGAUUACACAAGUGAUUUCAAAAUGUUGUCCAAACAUAGAUUUGAAAUUAAAACUACUCAAUUCAAACGAUCUAAGCAAACAUUAUAAAAAUCCAAAAGUAUGGUAUUCCAUACAAUUAACACAAACACUUCUAUUUUUGGUUGCACAAAAUUCCCACAGUCAUAGAACAUCAUUGUGUAGUAAUGACUUACACAAACCAAGAACAUCUGAAAAUCAAAGAAACCAACAGUCAACUGAUUUGAGAUAUAUUCAUGAUAAUGAUAACGUUGAUGAUGAUGUCAACAUUGGCGAAGACGACGGUGAAAAGGAAACUAAUGACGAAGAAUCUUAUCAAGAGAACAUCUUUAAUACCAACAUCAAUAUAAACAACACUAAUAUUGAACGAAGAAAAAAUAGAGAUUCCGAUUAUACAAUACAUUUACAAAAUCAAUUAAAAAAGAUUUGUUUUUCAAUAACAAUGAAUUAG